UCUCAAUGUAGCCAUUAACAGGAUGAAGAAAAGAAACCCCUUUUCCUGCUGGAGUUAGGGUUGACGAGGUGAUAUUGAUGGCGAACAACGGCGGAGGGCGGAGCUCGGCUCCUCAGCCGGAACGGUGGUACGAACUGAGACUUGGUUCUUCCUUCAAGGAUCGUCCCUCCUCCAAGUUUUGUACGCUUCGAUAUGAAUUUAAGCCAGCUUCGAUUGACAAGAACCAAGCAGGUACGCUGCAUAAGACUAAGGAUAAUAGGGUGACGGUUGAAUUCAACAAUAAUCAACUUGGGAGGCCAAAGUUGACCUUUGAAGGAACUAGUGAGGAUUACAAGGACAACGAUGGUGUUUUAUUUUUUGAUGGAGAGACAUUUCGAUUGGAGCGUUUACAUCGAGCUGUAAAGAGGCUAAGGCAUGUGCGACAACCUGGCGAGUUUGUAACUGGAGUUAACAAUGCGUCUACAGUUACAAAUGCACUGGUUGUUGAGUCACGAUCUCCUCCACUUGCGAAGACGAUGAAGCCACAAACAUUAAACAAAUCAAUAAAUCAUGCGAUGCCGCUGGAGGUGGAAAGAAUUGAUAUUGGCGAUCCAGAAAAUUCAGGUGGGAGUGGGAGCGGCAGUGGCAGCAGCAGCGAUGAUAGUGAUGAUAGUGAUGGCGACUCGGCGACCUCAGCUGGGGAGAUCGACAUCUGAAUGAUUAGAUCCAUUGCAAUGGUGGAAUCAAUAAGGGGAUGGGUUUGGCUUGUAUUGUUUAAAUUCGAGUUAAUUUGUCAUAUAAUUAUGUGUAAUUUAAUUUAAAUUAUGUAUAUUGUAGAAGUCUUGCCCCCAAAAAAAAUAUUUUAAAUGGUGUAAAAGAAAAGAAAAUAAUAUUAUGGAGAUGCAAGAAUGAUUACAUUAACUUUU